AUGGCUGCAAAUAAAGAUGUGUUUAGUUUUCCUUCCAAUAAUAAUAAAGCUCAAAAUAGGGAAAUUAUUACACCUCAUAAAAUAUCCAUCGUUAUUUUUAUUAAAGAACAAUGUUUAUUAAAGGAAAAAAAAGAAGUUAAUAAUCCUACUUAUAUUCGAGGAUUUUGUAUGUUGUCAUUGAAACUUAUACAAAAUCCUGAUAUGGAUUUUAAUUCGCUUAAAGAUCUUCUUUCUGGAAAAACUUCAGUUAAGGAACUUUUACAAGAUGGAGUUGGAGCAUUGCUUGACAUGAUUGGAAGUGCAGGCAGGCUAAUAGGGACAGCUAUUGGACAAGUAACCAAAUCUAGUGCUUUAGGUUUAUUUUUACGAAGAGUGCUUUUAUAUUUUGAUAAACUUCCAUUUUCUCAGGUAGUUCAGUUAUAUAAACAGUAUGAACAUUAUGCAGAUCCAAAUAAAAAUAUUCUUAUUAGGAAAGAUGACAAUGCUGGCAAGUGGUCCAAAAAACAAGCUGAAUUAUUUUUUGCACAAGAGGUUGCCAAGUUGUCAUCGGAAAAUCCGGCUUCACUUCAAAAUCAAGUGACUCAACUUUUAUUGUCGAAUCCUUCUUUUGCUGAAGCUCAUUUCUUAACAUUUUUAAACUGUGUUAGAUGUAAAGAAUUGUGUGGAGCAAAAACUAGCCUCCAUCAUUGUUUCGAUAGAGCAUUAUUUCCUCUAGAUAAAACAUCAUCUAAUGCAAAUCUAUCUAACACAUCAUACACUGAUGAAAAAACUUUUAGAUAUGCCAGUUUAAGUUUGUCUGCAAUGCAUGCAUCUUUUGGUCAUAGGGAAGAAGCAAAUGCAGCUCUUAAAGAAGCUAUAAAAUUAGCACAUAGAGCAGGAGAUAGUGUUUGCUUGCAGCAUUCUCUUGCAUGGCUAUACAUUUUAACUUCAGAAAAUAAAGAAGCUCUAAUUGAAAGAUCUAUGGCCAAAUGCACUGAAUUAGGAUUAAGUUAUUUAAUGUCUUUAGGAGUUCAAUCAUACACUAAAUAUUGUGGUUUAACAGGGGGCAAACCAUCUGUAGUUUUUGAUGUUUUAAUGAGAAGUGAUGUUUUAAAUUGUCAGCAUAUGCUUCACGAAUUGGCAACUAAUUCAUAUUGCUUAAAAGGAGCAUUAUGGACAUUAUAUGGUCACUCGAAUAUGGCGUCCUUGUGUAGUCAACAGUUAUUGAGACUUGAUAGUAAACAAGUUUCUGUUUGCAUAGCCAUGUGUAACGUUGCAAGAGCUUUGGCAGAACAGGGUGAAUAUGAUUUCGGUUUGGCAAUAUUAAAUGAAGCUCAAGAAAAAUUUCCAAAAAACGAAGCAACGGCUUGGAUGACUGGAUUUCAAGAGAUUUUGUACAUGUUUUCGGUAAACGAAUCAAAAUUCAACGAUGCUAGAAAAGCUAUUGCAAUGUUGGCUCCUAUCAAACCGUGGGAAAGUAUUUUAAGAAAGUCAUGGAUGCUUCAGUGGUUGGGAGAUGAUGUUGAUUCAAUGAAAUUAGCUCAAGCUACGUUAUCCUAUUGUAGAGAUGGAUGGUAUGCCGAUCCCGAACUUAUUCCCUUAAAAGUUAGGGCUUUAAUAGCAGCUGCUGGAACUCUUAAUCCAGGUGAAGCCCUAGGAUGUUUAUUUUAUGCUUUAGGACUAGCUCAAACAUAUUAUUUACAUCAUUUAGCCGCUUUCGUUACUUUACAUAUAGCCAACAUUCAAUUGAGUUUAGGUUUAUCGAGUCGAGCUCUUCGUUUGACGGAAGCCUCAUUGCCGACAGUAUUAUCCCACGGUAGCGUGCAAGCAAGAGGUAGAGCCUUACUAUUACUGGCACGAUGCAAACUGGCUGUGGGUUCUAAACAAAAAGGAAUUAACUUACAACAAAUCAUUUCGUUGAUAUCCCUUGCGGAAAAUUGGUUGAAAAAAGCAAGAGAUCACGUACGAGUCAAACACUGUUUUUAUUUAAAGGCAUUAAUUUAUCACGAAUUGGGAUCGAUUACUGAACGAAACAAAUGUUCCUACGAAUUUCGACAAUUGGAUAUCAAUUAUCCCAGUCCUCCAUCAUUUGCUAGAAAUUUUUAA